GCACGAGCCUCCUUUAUCCAGAGAUAAAGGAGGAAGCGAGUAGCAGCCGCUGAGCCGGCUCUCUUUUCUCUCCUCUGUUUUCACCUUUUCACCCUGCACGCUAGAAAAGGAGCUACACAGAGUUUGUCCUCAUCUUUGGCUUCUCUAUAUUUAACAGGUGGAACAGAAUUCCACUGUCACUAAAUGCAGCAUGGGGUCCGAUGAUUCGUACAAUUUUGUCUUCAAAGUGGUUUUGAUAGGGGAGUCUGGUGUAGGGAAGAGCAACCUUCUCUCUCGCUUCACCAAGAACGAGUUCAACCACGACAGCCGAACAACCAUCGGCGUGGAGUUCAGCACGCGGACUGUUAUGCUGGACAACUACACCAUCAAGGCCCAAAUCUGGGACACAGCUGGGCUGGAGCGCUACAGAGCUAUCACCUCAGCGUAUUAUAGGGGGGCAGUUGGAGCACUGUUGGUUUAUGACAUCAGCAAGCACCUGACCUACGAGAGCGUGGAUCGAUGGCUGAAGGAGCUGCUCGACCAUGCAGACCCUCACAUUGUGGUGAUGCUGGUGGGAAACAAGAGGGACAUGGAGUCCGUCCGCACCGUGCCGACAGAGGAGGGCAAGGACUUUGCAGAGAAGCGAGGUCUCAUGUUCAUGGAAACGUCCGCGUUGGACUCCACCAAUGUGGAGGAUGCUUUCAGCGACGUCCUCUUAGCCAUCCACAGGAAGGUGGCCAGCAGGGAGGUGACCCGCGGCUCCAUUUGCGCCGUGACCCUCUCCAACCCCGUCGGACCCAAGAGCGAGGCCCAGGGGGAGCGCAGGAGCUGCUGCGGGGGCUCCUAGCAGAGCUGUGAGGACCCCGCUGGGUCAGGCCCGGCUCCCGCCGAGGCUUCAGCAUGGUUGAGAGAGCGAGGAAAUACAGAACCCCCCCCCCCCCCAAUAGAUCAAGAUUUGUAUAUUGGGAAAAUCUGUAUUUUAUAUGCUGUAUUUCUUGUGGCGGCGUGUUUUAUUAGAAAUAGAAGUGACAUUUUUCUUACGGUUUACAAAUAGGUUGUAAAGUUCUAUUUCUUUUAUGAGACAAUGUCAUGACUUUAUUAUCUUAUUAUCUUAUUAUUAGAAAGGUCGGUGGAAGAAAAACACCAAACCGUCAUUAAAAUAUAUCUUAAGUAAAAGUGCAGAAGUUUUGUCAAUAAAAUUUGCCCAAAUAAAACUUUUAUACCAAUGACUAUAUUAUAGGGAUGUUAUUAAAAAUGCA